GUUUCUUUCCCUCUCGCCCCGCGCCGCUUCGCUGCGGCUGCGCGCGCCCUCGAGCUGCCCCCGCCCCCGGCAGCGCCUCGGCGGGGCUUUGUGCGAGCCGGGGGUGGGGGGCGCGCUCGCGGCCGCGGGUCCCCGAGGUCGGGGGCCGCACGGACUGUCCCCCGCCCCCGCCGAGGGAGGCGGGAAGGACGCCUGGAUCUGUUGCAUUUUAAAAAAUAAUAAUAUAAUAGUGAUAAUAACUCCCCCCUUUUGCAUCUGCCCCACCCCGCUUCUUGCAGCCGCUGUAGUUUUUCGGGGGGCCCCGAAGGUUGCGGCUCGCUCCGGGGUGUCGCCGGUUUACCUCUCGCGAGUUUCCUCCGCCCUUCACCUGUUGCAUGGGUCCCCGCGCCUCUCUGGGCCCUCUGUCACCCCCCCGCACCCGCACCUCGUCGUGCGUCCCGUGGAGGGGGUGCAGGCGGCACCAAAUGAGCCCUGCCGCGCGGGGGCGGGGAUCGAACCCGUGCUUCGCGGGGCCUUUGGGUUUCUCGAGCUGCUGAGCCUCAGAGAAAGAGCCAGUUAAGAAUAAAACAAUGUUUUUUUCUUUGUGGGACUUCUUCUAUGGGCACUUUUUCCGCUAUUGGAUGAAAUGGCUCUUGCGGCAGAUGACCGGGAAGUGCGAGCUGCAGCGGAUUUUUGAUGCGUAUGUGGGGGCGCAGAGGACACAGAGGAUAGAAAAUUCCUUGACGCACUCCAAGAGUAAGGUCCUGCGGGACGCCACGCAGGUCGUGGAGAGUGACGUGGACCAGUGUGUGGACGACAUCAUGAAGGAGAAGAACAUCAGCCCCGAGAAGGACACCAGCUUCCGCGUGUGCAUGAGGGCCUGCUUGCUGCAGAUCUCGGGGUACAGGCAGCUCUACCGGGACGUGGAGAGCGUGAGGAGGAAGCCCUACGACUCGGAGAACCAGCAGCACGAGAAGAUGCUGCUGCGGCUUUGGAAGCUGCUGAUGCCAACGAAGCAGCUGCAGAGCCGGAUCUCCAAGCAGUGGGCUGACAUUGGCUUCCAGGGCGAUGACCCCAAGACAGACUUCCGAGGCAUGGGCGUGCUUGGACUCAUCAAUCUUGUGUACUUCAGUGAAAAUUACACCAGAGAAGCUCAUCAUAUUCUCUCCCGCUCCAGCCAUCCCCAGCUGGGGUAUUCUUAUGCAAUAGUUGGGAUCAAUCUCACGGAGAUGGCUUACAGCUUGCUCAAGAGUGACGCGCUGAAGUGCCAGCUCUACAGCUUCGUCCCCGGCAUGCCGACGAUGGAGCACUUCCAUCAGUUCUACUGUUACCUUGUCUAUGAAUUUGACAAGUUUUGGUUUGAAGAAAAACCAGAAAGCAUUAUGUUGUUCAACAUGUACAGAGAGAAGUUCCACGAGAAGAUUAAAGGACUCUUGCUGGACUGUAACGUAUCGCUCACUAUAAAAACAUGAGCCGUCCACCGUAGCUUCCCUUUCUACCCCAUUUUGCACACGCAGCAGAAUUUAUAUGUUGUAAUAGAAAUUAUCUGAUCACUACACUCCUUAUAGAAUUAAUUUCCUACAAAGAUAUUGCAGAAGUUCUAUUUAAGAAAGCUAAUGGACAAUCAGUGUAUGUUUACAGUUGUCUGUACACUGUAUCUUCUCCUGCCCAAGACCCCUCUGUGGAGCCAGGUGCCCCCCAGUUAGAAACGCGGUACUUAGCCGGUUUAAUGGAAGAGAGGAAAUCAGGUACUUGCAUUAAAUUGGUUGAUUAAAAUGUGUCUAAACCCAGUUUCAGUUUGAUGUGAUGUAGCCACUGAGUUGGAGUCUUCCCAGAGCUCUUUCCGCACUUUGGCCUCGCGGGCUUGCUUUUCUCUCGUCUCGUCUGGUUUUGAUUUCUCGUUUAAUAGGCAGGGCGGUUGCGGCAGAGCGGAGGGGGUCCGUGUGGGAUGUGAUCAUGAGUCAGACAUCAGGGCAGGUGACUUGUGUUUUCAACGCCAUCCUCUAAAACGCCCAGUGUUAUUUCAAUUUUUUUGGUUUUUAGUCCACACCCAGUGGUGCUCCAGGGUUACUCCUGGCUCUGUGCUCAAGAGUUACUCUCCGCAGACUUGGAGGAGCAUACGGGAUGCUGGGGAUCGAACCUGGUCAGCCGUAUGCAGGGUCCUACCUGCUGUGCUUAUCACUCUGGCUUAUCAUUGUGGCUAAAAAAUCACAGUGUUAUUUUUAGGCUUAAAAGCCGUUUUCUCUUCUCCGGCGUUUGCCUGGAUCCGGUGUAGACGAGUCCUGGCAGGUGUGCCCUGUGAGGCCUUUCUGUGAGCCGCCACUCCUGUGAGCAAGGGCAGAUGUGCCAGUUCAGAACAUCUCGCCGGUGUUGAGAGGACAGCCGCUGUCCGCGUCCAGCCGUCUCUGGGCGUCAGAAGAAAUCACCGCGCUUGCUUGCUUUCGGUUUUCCGAAAUCGCAGCUCCCCGGGGUCGGAGGCUGUGACUCGGCAGGUUUGUGCCUGCUUCUGUGGGUCACGCUCCAGAGCGUGUCCAGGUGCUGAGGGCUGGGCCCACCAGGUGGCCUCUAGGGGGCAGCCCGUGGGUUCGCAAGUCACCUGAGGAUGAGAUUGUGCAUUUUGUGUUGCUUAAUUCUCCUGGAAGCGCAGGAGGGCAGCCAGGGCCAUCGGGAAGAGCAAGGAGAGAGUCGGAACAGAGCCGUUCCCGGGUGAUGAGGCAGCGUCAGCAGGGAGCGGGGCGCGGCUGAUGAGCCCCUUGACACCGCAGGAACCAGCCUCCACCGGACAUCCUUUAACACGUGAAAAUGGGCUCUUUUUUUUUUUGUUUCCAUGUGACUAUUGCAGGCCUUUCAGGACUCAGCUGUAGCUGAGAGAUCAAAGUUAGAGAAGUACUUGUUUGUGUUGGAAAACUCUCUCCAGACUUACCCGAGAGGAACUAGUGAACAAGCAGACAGGCAGCCCACUGGGAAAUAGUCGAUGCAGGGUCCAUAGCGCAGACCCUGUGCAUUAAUGCAUCGUGAGUGCACGCAUUGAAGUUCCUCUUUCCUAACAAGAUACAAGUAUUUUAAAAAUCGCGUCUAGUUUAGUUUCCGAGUGUUGGUUUUGCGUCUCAGUAGUCCAGAAACCCAAAACUUGGUUUCGCACAGGGUGCGCCUGAGCCUUGGGAGUGUUUUAAGUGUUUUAACACUGGACUCAGUGUUUUAAGUGUUUCUAAUGCUUCCUCCCCUUCCCGCUGUGAGGAAUGGCAAACCCCUGACUGCGUGCUCACCACGAAGGGGCGCUGUGCCCACGGAUGGCGGCGGGCAGCUGCUGGAGAGUCGUUGUGUCGUCUGCAUUGUGCGCUGGAGAAACUUUGUGUUUGAAUCUUCUGGCAACUGAGAUCUUGAAUGAUUAUUUUGUCAGUCCGCUCAAGAAAGGACCCUUGAAGUAUGGGCUGGGGAAGCUUUCCAUGUACACCUUUCCCCUUCUAAGGAGAAAAAUUAACUCUUUAUACUGUUAGAUAAUCCUCAGCAAUUGGGCCUUCACAUUCACCACGACUUGUCUGUUACAGAUGAUGUUUCAGUUUUGCUUUUAAUAAUCGUUAACCAUUUCAGAUAGUUCUACAGUGAAUUGGUCAAAGGACCACUGACAGAUUCUCAGGUGUGACUGGGCCGGAAGCCCAUCGACAUGUCACUCGUUGGUAACGAGAAGGUCCCAUGAGCUGUUGUUCCCCUUCUCUGCUGGGACAUUCAUGCGAAGAAGCAGAUAGCUGUAUUUGCCUUCCCCCGUUUCUUGCUUUCAGCGUAUGUGUCUCCGUACGUGAUGUAGUUUUUCAUGAACAUUUAGACUCCUAUAUUUUUUCCUCUAAUAAUAAGAUACCAAAGUAGUGCUUAGAAGUGCUAGAAGUAGCAGGAAGAUCCUGUUUGUUUUUGUAUCCCCAAAGUGACCCUGUGUUGCAGAGCGUUUGUGUCCGUGCCAGCGAGAGUCGAGGAAGGACGCGUCCUGUGCGGUCACCCCUGUGUGUCCUGUGGGGCGAUCCGUGAACCCCGAUGCCCCGCUCUGUGUGGAAGCACAGUGACGGAGUCAGAGAGCCUGGUGUCUCGCGGGCACCAUCCUAUUCCGCAAACCGUGCUCUUCUCGGCGGUGUUCGUCCCGUGUGUUCCUGUCCAGAGCACCCUGGGUUUGUCCGCAUCCCGCCCGGGGACACCGCCGUCCUCCUCGUGCAUCCUCAGUGUCCUGCUUUUUCACAUUCGUUUCCCAGGCGGGUGGAAGGAAACCCCCCGGGGGAAGACCUAGCCCAGGAGAAGAGUGACUUGGGGUGUGAAGCCGCGCCGGAGCAGACACGAUUCCACAGCGUCCUACCUGAGGGGCGGAGGCCUCGCCGGAGUUGUCCUUCUGGAUUUGGUGUUGGGGGCCAAGGUGGUUCCGAGGAUUGACGGUGCCCAGUUCAGAAGCGCCCCGGGGGGCCUCGCUCCCACAGGAGCCUUCGAGGGCUGGGAGGGAGCACGGAGAGCUGCUGCGCGUCUCUGUGUGUGUGACAGCAAGCAGCCUUCCUGGGGCGCGGGCCGCCUGCACCUUCGAGCUCCCCGUCUCCCUUGGGUGACGCAGUCGACUGCUUAGAUCAGAGCAAUAGUUGAAAUGUGAAGUCUUCCGUGUUUGUCCAGAAUGUGGUGAGCAAAUAAAAAGCCUGUUGAGAUGCUUA